AACGCGAGGCGCACGGCGCACAGCGUGGACUUGGAGAUGUCUUGGCAGUUACGCACGACGCCACGAUAAACACGAAAGCCUCUUUCAGACGGACAGGGCACUUUGAAGCCGAUCUGGAAUUACUUGCAACUUUUGAUUCGGAAACCACUUUUUUCCACCCUCGUGUCUUUUCAGUACGUUUUCCUCCUCGUUUCUUCCCUCUUUACAAUAUAUCAGCAACGGAUCUAAAUGACUUAUCUUUUUUAUUAUUUCCAUUAGAAGAACAGAAACGAUGUAAACCGCUUAGGGGGGAAACGAACUCAGUUGAGCAGUAUCUUUUUACAGAGUACAGACAGAGAGGAUGAUUCCGCCGGCCAGCACAAUUCAGGACGAAAGUGGGGGCAAAGAGGACGAACGGGACCAGAAUGAGACACCCAAAUCCCCGACGGCGAACGCCAGCCAGCAAGAAAGCAAGCUGCAAAGACUCAAACGUUCCCUGUCCUUCAAGACCAAGAGCAUCCGCAGCAAGAGCGCCGACAACUUCUUCCGGAACAGCAGCGAAAACAAGACGGAGCUCCUCUCUGACGUGAGCAGCAGCACGGGCCAUCUUUGCAACAUUGGGAUGGCCCCGCCGCACAGCACCAACCUCCCCAUUCCUCCAGUUCCUCCGGCUAUUCCCUGCGCACCUCCUCCCACGUCGCGCUCCCAACCACGCAACCCGAUGCAGUUAGACUCGGCGGGACACUGCUUCAUGGAGCACAUCUUUAAGAAGCCCACGUUCUGCGACGUCUGCAACCACAUGAUUGUAGGCACAACAGCCAAGCAUGUGGUGUUCCUGGCGGGAAACACGGCGAAGCACGGCCUCCGCUGCAAAGCCUGCAAGAUGAGCCUCCACCACAAGUGUGAGAACGGUGUUGGGCAGCAGCGUUGCAUGGGAAAACUGCCAAAAGGCUUUCGGCGGUACUACAGCUCUCCAUUACUGAUCCAGGAACAGUAUGGCUGCAUCAAAGAAGUCAUGCCUAUUGCCUGUGGCAAUAAGGUGGACCCCGUGUAUGAAGCCCUGAGGUUUGGCACAUCACUGGCACAAAGGACAAAGAGAGCCAGCGGUUCUGAAUCUCCACACAGAAACUCUACCAGUGAUUUGGAUAAGGUUCCAGAGGAAGUUGUGGCUCACAGCAGCAGGCAGGAGCUGUCGAGAAAACACAGCGAUGAUGUUUUUACGGUCAUUGAGAACGGGACAGAGCAGUACCACCACCCAGAAAGAAAACCCGACAGUUUGCAGAUGGAGCAGAGCAUGCUACAGAAAGACGUCCUCAAGCUCAACACGUAUGUGGCCUUGUACAGCUUCACCGCCCAGGAGAGCCACGACCUGGAGAUGAGAGCAGGAGACAGGAUCUUGGUGGCCGAUGACUCCAAUGAUGACUGGUGGAAGGGUGUAAUUGAGGACAGGAUCGGAUUCUUCCCAGCAGCCUUUGCCCAUCAACUGCGGGCUGGUGACCAAGUCUUCAGGUGUAACAGGACGUUCAUCGGCUGCAAGGAACAAGGCCAGACCACCCUGAAGGAGGGACAGAUCUGUGUGAGCAGCGAGGGCGAGCGCAGCGGCUUCAUCAGAGUGGAGAGUGGAAAGAAGAGGGGCUUCGUGCCCUGCGAUGUCCUGGAGAUCAUCUGAGACAAACUUUCAUAGAAAUGAAGACCGAGACGGAGAGAGUCAGAGACAGGAGAGAGAGAUCAGGACGAGCCACCUGGAGGGAGUUCACCCCAUCAGAAACUGGAGUUCGAACUCGUAAAAGCGGCGCUUGUUUUAUCAGCGCACCUUCCUCUUUGUUCCCUCUCAAUCAAAUAGAGAGAUGAGAUGAGAAACUGCUUUUUGUUUGCAAGGAGACGGGAGAUCACUGUGUCACUGGAUUUUAUUUAAAUUUAUCCUAGAUGGGGUUUGUUUUUUUAAAUUUCCCCUUAGUUUUAUCCAGCCUGUUUACUUUUUGAAAGCAGGGCUAACAUUUUAAGCCUAAAACACAAACACAUGCUUGAAUGAUUAUUUUUCAGUAUAUAAAUGGAAGUCCUUCAAAUAAUUUAGUUUCUCAUGCUUUUAUAUUAUGCUCCAAGCAAAAAUAGAGUAAAUGCAACAUAGUUUAAGCUGUAAGAUGGCUAUUUUGAAUGGCAGAGUGCACAGCACGGGAGGGCAAUGGAAAAUAAACUGAAAUGAACACGUACGAGGAACUUGUAUAAACUGUUUACUGCAAAAUUCGAUUAUUUAAGCCUCCAGUUUGUCCUUUGUCUCUCUACAGAUUCCUCCAAGAAAAGUAACAUGUGUUUCUCUUAUAACAGGUACGAAACAGCAAAGCGCAGGAAGUAAAAAAAAGUGCAUAAGGGAGUAAUUUCAAAAGAGUUUGAAAUUCUCUGUGGUCUUCCAAAAUAAUCGCCCGCACACUCCCAAGCUUCACUGUCCUUUCACCGUCUUUACUUUCAAGACUUGUCUCGAAAUUAUUAUUUUAUCCAUUGAUUUAUUAUUUUCUUUCAUUUUUCAUCAAAGAUUUACAGUAUGGCAGUAUAAUAGGAACAGAAUAGUGUUUUUCAAACCAUUUAAUGAUCACAAUGUGUUUGAUCUGCUGGGAAAGGCCUGUGGAGAAAACGUGUAACUAAAUGACACAUUUCUAGUUAGCGUGUUAACUUCAAAUGUGCUAACUGGUGUGCUUUUCCUCCUCCUCAGCACAGACUCUCAUGGCGGGACUUCAUAUUCAGUUUAUAGCCAAGUGCAUUUACAGCAAGCUGUUGCAUCAGAGUAGAUAUAGUAUAUCUGUUAAAGGCUGUUCUGCACUGAAACUUGGCUUUAUUGAAUGUCCAAGGAAGCUUUACUGUACAUAAUAUAUGUACAAAAAUAAAAUUCUUUAUUAAAGUAUUCUGCAGAGAGUUAUUGCCUGAAAAGCUUCACGGUCGGACUUCUCGUCUCGCAGCAAAAAGGUUAUGGGUUCAAGCCCAUCGGCCUGUUCAGGAUGUACCCUUCCACUCACCUUAUGAUAGCUGACAUAGGCCCCAGUUAUAGGCACAGUUUAUUCUGGCUGUCAGUGGAAGUGAAUGGUUGUGACUCAUUUUAUUUGGCGUGCGAAACAAAUUCAUCUUCGCAGCAGUAUCAGAAAAUGGCUUAGGAGGAUAUGUUUCAUUUAUCUCACACUUACUUUUUCUCACUCUUCACAUCAGUUUCCAAACUGUCAGCUCAAAGGUUGCAAUCAAACAUCAGAGAAAAAAAUCUAUGUUGCGUUUUAGCUUAAUGCAUUCUCGGUUAUUUAAUGCUAAAAAUUAGGCUAAAUGAGCAAUUCUUUUAACACCAAAGUCUUGUUUUGUAGUGCCUAAAGCGCCUUGAGGUGACUGUGGUUAUGAUUUGGCGCCACUGGACCCAUUCUCACUUUAGAAAGAAUGAGCUUUGAUUGUGUACAAAUACCUUUUAUGCAUUUGUACACAAAUACAAAUAAAAGGUAAAAAGU